AUGAACGAGAAUAAAUCUGGGCCAAUUUUUCGUUGCGUAGAUGAUUGUGAAACUCAAGAAUGGAAUCAUCCACAUCGUGGUUAUGUCAAAUGGUGGGAACUUAUCAAUGGUGACAUCACGUCAACAACAGGGAUCACUAUGGGUAUAGCAGAAGUACCAGUAGGCGUUUCUCCUCCAAAACGUGGCCAUACACAUGAUGCAGAAGAAGUAUACUAUUUCUUAAGUGGAAUUGGAAGAGUUCACAUCGAUGGUGUCGAAACUGAUGUUAAGUCCGGUAUAUCAGUAUGGAUACCUGCACAUGCUGAACAUUUUUGUCAUAAUACGGGUCCAGAACCGUUAAAACUAUUAUUUAUAUUUGCACGUGAUAAAUUCAGUAAUGUGCACUAUUGCUUUCCUGGAGAAACAGAAUUCAAAUAA